AUCCUGGAGUGCUGUUCCAGUUUCCAACUGAUUUCAAGGAUGAGGAUUCCAGCCAAGCCUUGCCCAGAUUCUGCUUCCCAUAUGACAUACAAAGAGUUAGAGACGGAGCCGCUGUGCAGCACUUUACCUUUGUCCUCACUGACCUCGAGGGAUGCCAGCGCUUUGGCUUUUGCCGUCUCACCAACAGCACUAACACCUGCCUGUGUAUACUCAGUUAUCUGCCGUGGUUUGAGGUGUUUUACAAACUUCUGAACAGCUUGGCUGAUUACCUCUUAAAAAGACAGACCAAUGAGAUGAAGGCUCUCCUGGCAUUAAUCUAUGAGCAGCCGAUUCCAAUGACAGUCGGAUCCAUCGCCCUGCAGAUUGUCCCUUUCUUCGUUGCUCCAGACCCUCGAAGUCUGCCCUCUAUCCCUGAAAAUAGGAACCUGACAGAGCUGAUUGUGGCGGUGAAUGUGGGGAGCCUCCUCCAGGUCUAUGCCAGCAUGCUGUUUGAGAGACGCAUUCUUCUGUGUGCCCGCAAGCUGAGCACUUUGACGGCUUGCAUGCAUGCACUUAGUGCACUGUUGUACCCCAUGUUCUGGCAGCACAUAUUCAUCCCUGUGCUUCCCCCACACCUUCUGGACUAUUGCUGUGCUCCUAUGCCGUAUCUGAUUGGAGUUCACAGCAGUCUCUUUGAGGGACUAAGGAACUCCGGGCUGGAGGAUGUGGUGAUUCUGGAUGUUGAUUCAAACACUGUUGAGAGCCCUUUUGAUGAUCUGAAGAGGAUUCCUGCUAAUGUGGUGACUGGGCUAAAGGUGUGUCUCAAACGUCGGGCAAUGUCUACUGGCUGUUGCGUUUCUCAAGCCUUCCUGAGAGCUCAAGCACUGCUUUUUGGAGGCUACAGGGAUGCUUUGCAGAAAAACCAGGAUGGUGAGAUAUGUUUCAGUGAAGAGCUUUUUCUUAAUCACAAGUCUGCCAGUGUAAAACCAUUCCUGCAGAGCGCCAUCCAUCUGCAGUUUUUCAAACAGUUCAUUGACAGUCGCUUGGAGUUAUUGAACAAAGGGAAAGACCCGGACGAUCUCUUUGAAGCAUUAAUAAAGCACCACAACACAACAGGAAGAGGAAAGUCAUGCCAACAGUUGGUGGGCAAUCUUAAGAAAGGAGGGGGGUCUCUGAUCCACAACAUGAAGACCAAAGCAAACGCCAAAUGGCUAACAACGUCCAGUGUGAAGAACCUGCUUGUUCACAAGAGAAACCACAAUGACCCUGCCAUUCACAGAGGAGGCUCUGUGUCUCACCACCGUGGACAAUCUGAGUGUCUACAGAGUCGCUUGCCGAUCACGCAACAUUUUGGAAGGUCUAGACCUCAGCGACCAGUUCACAAGAAAAGACACGAGGAAAAAAAAGAGCCUGAAGAUCAAUGGGACAGGGGGGUUCCGGGUCUCGAGGCUGAGAUGGAACCCCAUGAGAGGGAGGAGGAGGAGCAGGAAGUGCUGCUUAGUGAUCUGGAGGAGCUGGACCUCCUGGGUGAGAUCUUCGACACGCUCAGCUCUCAUGAGCCCCGCAAGCUCUACGGCACUCGCAGCCUGGAUCUGUUUGGACCGGACAGCCAUGAUUUCAUCACAAAGCGCCCCCCUGACAGCCCAAGCCAGCAGAGUCUGUCCAUGUCCAUCAAUGGCAGCCUGUACAGCUGGAACCUGGACUCCACAGAGGAUUCUGAUCCUGAGGCAGACUUCAGCCUGCAGGAGGAGGAGAAGGCAGACAGCGAGGAAAACGCAGGAAUAAAGGACGUUAUCAACUCUAAAGAGGAGGAGGAGGAGAAGGAGGAGGUGGUGGAGGUGGAGGGUGGGGUAAAUGUCACAGGUUUAGAGAACGAUCAAGAAAAUGAAGGAGACCAGGCGUGGGGGGGUGACGGCGUCAGUGAGAGGGCAGAACAGGAGGAGGAGGAGGCAAUAAAGCAGACAGACGAUGAAGAGAAACAAGAAGAUGAGGAAGAAAGCCAGGAGACGAUGACUGAAGGAGGCAUGUGCGAGAGCCCCGAGCCCCCCGCCCCGACAGAAAAAGACGAAAGUGCACCAGAGUGCACCAUCGCCCCCCCAAAGGUCAUGUCCGCUGUGGCUCGCUUCCAGUCUCAACCCCCCACCAGGCCAAACUUCCAGCUGAGGCCCAUGAGCAAGACCCUGUGUGAGGCUGCAGCUCAAAGUGGAGGGGGGACGCAGCCGCCUGAGGAGGACUCCUGCGUCUCCCUCAGUGUGUCUGAGCUGAAGAAAAGGUUUGAGGCUUGAAGGAGGAACCACACACCCCCAGGGAGUAAGCAAAGCCCCAACUUCUGUUCCUGAACUUGAAUCAAGAAAGUGUCAAAUGUUGCUGUUCCUUCAAACACCCCCAAAGACUGGACGUAAAAGGGAGCAAUUUCCUAUUAUCUUUAGAGUUUUAAAGUCUGAUUUUACACCAAAAAUAAAUGUAUGUACAGUCUGGGUUAAAGGUUACUUUAUGAUUUUUGUCUUUCUUUACCCGAUGUCCUGUUCGGACAGACAGUAACUGAACAAUUUGUUGUGGACAAUUUCAUUUUAACUUUAAUUUUAGAUAUACCAUUUAACUUUUAGUUUAUUUUCUUCAAGUUCAAGACCAGAGGGGAAAGGAAAAAAAAGAUUUAGGAAGCAAAGUUUAAAAAAAACGUGGUAAAAGAGAAAAAACCAAGAAGAGAAGGGAAACAAAUAAAGGCAGAGUACAGAAAACAAAAAUUCAAUCAAUCUUCAUUUAUACUUUUACACCCAGUAACACAACAUGAUGUACACCAGAAUAAAUAACAUAACUUAAAAAAAUAGCAUUACCUGUGAUAAUGGUGGUGUGAAUGAUUUUUGAUGAAAAUGAUGCAAUUUACUUUCAUUUCUGAAGGGAUCUGCUGAAAAUGCUAAAUCUAGUUG